AUGAGGGACCAAAACCGAAUCCAAAGUGAGAAGAUGCGUGACAUGUUCCAGGCUAAUGGGAACAACCACAAUUCUAGGCGCAACAAUAAUGAUGGAAGACAACGACUAGUCUAUAAGAAGUUCAUGGGCUUCAAACCAACGGACUUUAGAGGAAGCACGGACCCAUUGGAGGCUAAAGAAUGGAUGAAAACCAUGGAUACUAUCUUUACGUUCAUGCAGUGCAGCAACUUAGACCAGGUUAGGUGCGCUUCCUUUAUGUUUAAAGAUGAUGCUAGGAUCUGGUGGCAAGGAGCCAAGGCCACUCUCGACCUUAAUGCAGAAACUUGGGAAGAGUUCAAAGCCGUGUUCUAUGGAAAAUAUUUCACCUUAAGCACCAGGAAUAAGUUGGCCAGGGAAUUCCUGGAAAUCUGCCAAGGGGAUGUUAGUGUUGCCGAGUAUGAGAAGAAGUUCAAGCGAGGCAUGUUAUUUUCACACAUGAUAACUGGAAAUGUUGCCUUAGAGCUGAACCGUUUCUUGGAGGGGCUGAACGCAACAAUCCGAUGCGAUGUCCGAAUAAGCAACGCUUCAUCUUUGUGCGAGACCAUUGAUAGGGCUUUGAUGGCCGAGAAGGACAGACAAGAAAUUGUUAGGGAGGAGCAUGUCAAAAGGAGAAGUUAUCCAGGAAGAGAAUCUCAAGAGUUAGAGAAGAAGAAACCCUUCCAGCCGACCCAUUACCAAAAUCCUCUCCCGCAGCAGAGAAAGAAUAAUUGGCCAAAUUGA